AGAAAAGAGAAAAAGUUGACUUGACUUGCUUAUUUGAGCUACUACUCUGCCUACAGCAGUUGAAGCACGACUGCAGGGAAGGCGGAGGCCGGAGGGUUGAUACUUUUUCAGUUUUUUAAAGGAAGAUAUUCUCUUUCGUGCGCCAUUGUGUGAUCCAUGGGUGGUGGUGGUGGAGGUGGAUUUCCGACUCCGGUGACUGGAACGCCGGGGGUGGUGGCGAGAGGGGCAGAGCCGCAGUACAUAUCGGCAAAGACGUCCGUGUGGUGGGACAUAGAGAACUGUGCAGUCCCUAAGGAGUGCGAUCCUCACGCCAUUGCUAAGAACAUAAGCUCUGCCUUGGCUAAGAUGAAUUACUCUGGCCCCGUCUCUAUCUCCGCCUACGGUGACACCAGUGGAAUCCGGGCCUCAGUGCAGCAUGCCCUCUCCAGUACGGGAGUAGCAUUAAAUCACGUCCCCGCCGGAGUUAAGGAUGCAAGUGAUAAGAAGAUACUGGUGGACAUGUUAUUCUGGGCAGUCGACAAUCCAGCCCCUGCAAAUUUUUUGCUGAUAUCAGGUGAUCGUGACUUCUCCAAUGCUCUCCACCAGUUGCGUAUGAGGAGAUAUAAUAUCCUUCUUGCACAGCCACAGAAUGCAUCUGUACCACUUGUCGCUGCCGCAAGCACCGUCUGGCUUUGGACAACUCUUGUGGCCGGAGGGCCUCCGCUUGCAAAUGGUGAGUCACCACACCCAAACCCAAAUCCACAACCACAGCCACACCCCAAAGAUGCUACUAAACAUAAACCUAGUAAAGGGCCAAAAUGCACUGGCAAUAAUAAACAUCAAGCCCAGAAAUUUGAUGGUAUUCAUAGCAAGGUAGAAAGCUCUGGUCCUGGUGUUAAGCUUAAAAGAGGGAAAAGUGGUGAUGACAAACGUAGAGAUGGUGAGAAUAAACAUCAAAAUCAAACCCACAAAACUAGUGAUGCUAAAGGGGGGAAAUUCAGUAUUAAACCUAAACCUAAAGUCCAAAAAACUAGUGAUAACUCUAAAGCUAAAGCUGGUGUUACUGGUAGUAGUGGGAAACUUCUGGGGAAGAAGGUGUUAAUAAAGAUAAAGAAAAAGAAAAUCGAAAAUGCCCAACUCAAAUUCACCCACCAAGCAUCUGGGACUACUCAAAGCUUAAUAAAGAUAAAGAAAAAGAAAAUCGAAAAGGCCCAACUCAAAUCCACCCACCAAGCAUCUGGGACUACUCAAAGCUUGCCUGUUGGGGAUCAGGGUCAUACGGAGGCCAAGGGCCAAGUCAUGAACAAGAACCUGAACCAGAACCAGAACCAGAAUCAAGAGGUUAAUUGUAAAUCUCGGAGAGGUAAUAGGAGGAAGAAGAAGGCCACUUGACUGUGGCUGUUGGUCCUUGAAUUGAUAUUGAGCUGUGUUUAUCAUGUAUUGAUAGUUCCCCCCCCUUAUGCUUUAAAUCUUAUGAUCCAAUGUUGCUUGAGAAAGAGAACGGAAGAAGAAGUUCAAUGUUGUUGUAUGGCAUUUAAAUUAUCAAUCAUCUUGGGCUUUUGGUGGUUAA